CACGGUGGUUCUGAGCUCUCUUGUCAGAAGGAAAAGAUGAACACGUAAACGGAAAAUUGUUAAGGUUUCUAUUUGGCGUCUGCUGUGUUGUCACGUCGUUAAAUUCAGUAUUCAUCCAUUUAAUGUUGUAAACUAGAAGACUUUAUACGUUUUCUUGUGAUAUUUCAAAAUGCAUUCCGUUUUCGGUCGUGGAAACGCCAUGGCGGCGUAUACAUUGAGUGUGUUAGCCGGUCUAACGUUUUGCUGUUUUCUGUCAACUGUAUUCCUCGAUUACAGAACUCCAGCAACCAUUAACACAAGACAGGUUGUAGUGAAAAGUAUUCCAGAUUACAGUGCUUCCAGGGAAAAAAAUGAUUUGGGUUAUGUGACUUUUGAUCUGAAGACUGAUCUCACGCAUCUCUUUAAUUGGAAUGUGAAACAGUUGUUCCUCUAUGUCACAGCUGAGUACCAAACUCCAAGUAAUGAGUUCAAUCAGGUUGUCCUUUGGGAUAAAAUAAUUUUACGAGGAGAGAAUGCUGUAAUUGAUCUUAAGAACAUUCAUGCAAAAUACUAUUUUUGGGAUGACGGCAAUGGUCUCAGAGGUCACAAAAAUGUCACCCUCACACUUUCCUGGAACAUUAUACCUAAUGCUGGACUGCUUCCAAAUGUGGGCGCCAUUGGCUCUCAUUCAUUUUCUUUCCCACCUGAAUACACUACCUCAAGAGUUUAGUGUAAUUGUUCUGAGUAUUUGUGUGUUAGCUUGCGUUUGCAAGUGUGAAUGUGAUACUGUGAAUUGUGUGUAUACAUUGCAUGUGCAAUUCUGACUUUUUGAUCUGUGUGAAUUUUGUCAUUUAAACUAAGGUGUGUCUCCCAGAAAAGGUAUCCAUAUUAAAACAAACAACAAAAAAACUGA